AGACUUCAUUUCCUUAAAAAAUGCUGUGGAAUUUCCUCGCUGCACCAAACUCUCAGGCUCUCCUGGCAAUAGCUUUUGUUGUUUUUAUCUCCACUUAUAUCAGGCACACUGGCAAUGCCAAGAGCUACACUGACUGGGACUGUUCCCAUUUGGAAACGGAGAAAAUCACGACAAUCUGCUGUCACCAAAGACAGGGGAAAGUAAUGACGAGCAGUCCAAAGAAGACUAAUAAGCACUCCCUGCAAGAAUGUAAUGUAAUGUUUGCAAAGACAUGCAGCCACCAAGUGGAUGUGUCACACAAGCUAAGGCUUUCUUUGAAAGAAUCCACUGCUGACUUGUUUGUCUUGUUCCUGUUACUGACAGGGACUAUGACACGGACAAGCUUCUAGCAAAUACCAGCCUCAUCAUACCUUGGAAGUGAAGUCCUCUAAGUCCAAACAAGGAAAGCAUUAAACAGUGACUUUUCCAGGCAUAGAACUGGGAUGAAAAGGUGACUUUUGAUGAAGAUUGAGUCAAUUCUGCCAUUUUACUUGAGUGAGAUGAAGAUGAUUCACCCAUAGACUUGAACCAGCUCCGUGACUGAGCGUUAAUUCAAAUGCAGGCUUGUCAGUAGCAUUGUCAGUGACUUUGAAGACUGGUACCGAUUUCAUAGGAAAUAAAAGUAGGAUGAAAAAGGCAGUGGUAAAGUUCAUCUGACCUUAGAGGUUAAUGCAAAUGACCAAAGAUGUAUUCAUAGCCAGCCUAUUGUGGUCCUGACUUCAACUGGCAUCUCUUUAAUAUCAAUGGACACAACCAUCUAGUUCAUCAGUUCCUCUAGAGUUUUGAUGCUGAACCAAGUCUGGACUGGACAUCCUGAUAUGCAGAAGAGAUCUUUAAUUUUAUACCAUAUCCUUAAUGAUUAACUCAAGUACUGAUCAAUACUUCAUUGCCUGCUCUUUCACAAUGAAGGCCAUGGAGGAUCAAGUAGUCCAAGAAGAAUCAGGAUACCAGGAUGAUGAGGAAUCCUUUUUUCAGGAUAUUGACCUGCUACAAAAGCACGGAAUUAACGUAGCAGAUAUUAAGAAACUGAAGUCAGUUGGGAUCUGCACUAUCAAAGGAAUCCAGAUGACAACAAGACGGGCGCUGUGCAAUGUAAAAGGGCUUUCAGAGGCCAAAGUGGACAAGAUUAAAGAAGCCGCAAAUAAGCUUAUUGAGCCGGGCUUCCUGACCGCAUUUGAGUACAGUGAAAAACGGAAGAUGGUAUUUCAUAUUUCUACUGGCAGCCAGGAAUUUGAUAAACUUCUGGGUGGUGGAAUUGAAAGCAUGGCAAUCACUGAAGCCUUUGGAGAGUUCCGGACAGGCAAAACCCAGCUAUCUCACACCCUUUGUGUGACAGCUCAGCUUCCAGGACCAAGUGGCUACACAGGUGGAAAGAUUAUCUUCAUUGACACUGAAAACACUUUCCGACCAGACCGUCUUCGUGACAUUGCUGAUCGCUUCAAUGUUGACCACGAUGCAGUACUUGACAACGUGCUGUAUGCACGUGCAUAUACUAGUGAACAUCAGAUGGAAUUGCUCGACUAUGUCGCGGCCAAGUUCCAUGAGGAAGCUGGUAUCUUCAAGCUGUUGAUCAUUGACUCCAUAAUGGCACUCUUCCGUGUGGAUUUCAGUGGUCGAGGUGAGUUGGCUGAACGACAACAGAAACUCGCUCAGAUGCUGUCAAGGCUCCAAAAAAUAUCAGAAGAAUAUAACGUGGCUGUGUUUGUGACCAAUCAGAUGACCGCUGAUCCAGGAGCAACCAUGACCUUUCAGGCAGACCCAAAGAAGCCCAUUGGGGGCCACAUCCUCGCUCAUGCUUCGACUACCCGAAUUAGUCUGAGGAAGGGGCGAGGGGAGCUGCGCAUCGCCAAGAUAUAUGACAGUCCUGAGAUGCCUGAAAAUGAAGCCACGUUCGCAAUAACUGCUGGAGGGAUUGGAGAUGCCAAGGAAUAGGCAGAAAACACAUUCAAAGGUACAGCUGAAAACCUCGUAGGUAGCUGGGAUGAAGAUCUGUGCAAAGUCACUGACUCCCUGGCUGCAUUUUUAUAUUUUUGGAACCAUUGGGGAGCUUUUGGGAGGACAGUGGGAUAAACUCUGCGUGGUUCAGUUGUAUUGAUCUUAAUAGAAUUUGGUUCACUUAGGGUCUUUGCUUUUCAAAUGAACUUUCAGCAGACAAAGAUAUAAAAACCAAGCUCGUAAAUUGUUCAGAGUCCUUUUCCUGUAUUUUGUGAAAAUCAAUGCUGUCUUUUCAUGUUUAAUAUUUUAGUUCCUUUAAAGAAAUGUCUGAGAUAGUAUAAAAUGGAAUGGAAUUAGAAUUAUUUUAAAAAUUGGAAAAGGCAGUGGCUGUAGCAGGAGCCCGAGAGCUUGAUGGAAUCUCGUGUACAGCAGAGGAAAAACAGUUGCUUGAAAAUACUUCGGCAUUUUUAUGUUG